AUGUCCGGUUUAGAUGCUACUGUGGGAAUUAAUCCCGUCAAGCCGCUUCUAGAUCACAUUGUCAUACUGGUCGACCAUCAUACCCUCACUGGCAUCGAUGAACGACUCGAUGGGCUGUUCAUCGUCGCACCUGGCGGCCGCCACGCAGACGGACUGACUUGGAAUCGCCUGAUACUUUUUGAAGACGGCGUGUACAUUGAGCUCAUUGCCUUUUUCGACACUAUUGAUCCCGAGGUGCGGAAGAAGCAUCGCUGGGGCUCGCUCGCGGAUGGCACCAUCAUCGACUGGGCCUGCUCGCUGCAUGAGGAGAAAGACUUUGCUCGUAUCCAAGAGCAAGUAUCGAAAGCGCAGACACGGUAUGAGUAUAGAGAUCCUGUACCAGGAGGGCGAGAAAGGCCGGAUGGAACAGUCAUCAAAUGGGCCAACGGGGCAGCUUUGAAUCCUGACGGGACACUAGUGUUUCCAGGCACUCUUCCAUUCUGGUGCUUGGAUCGGACACCCCGAGCGCUUCGUGUCCCGUACGAGAACGCACCAGAGCUGACUGGCCACCCUUCUGGGGCCAAAGGUGUGUCCCGCAUCGUGAUUGAGGCUCCGGUGGGCGACAUCACCCAUCUCCGGGAGGUGUACAAGGCGAUAUAUGAGCCAGGGUCUGGCAAGUCCGGGGAUGAUGGGUGGCUCUUUCAUGCGCCAUCUGGAGCUCACCUUGGCCAUCAGCGAAUAUGGCUCGAGGGUAGCUCAGGAGGGCAAAUUAUCAAGCUAGCAUUAGCAGGAGGACGGGACAGCCCUUCGUUUGUAGAAUUACUUCCUGGUCUCAUUGUUAAGCUUGAUAGCUAG